GCACACGCACACACACUCCUUCCCUCCCUCGCUCCCUCGCUACCCUUUCCACGAAGAAGUGGACAGCAUCAAGGGUCGAGGGCUGCUUCCAUCUCCUCGCCUCUCCAGGACUGGGUCACCUCUGAUCCACCCUUCUUCCAGGGCUGGGUCCAGUCCAGAUGGCGGCUGCUUCACUCGCUCUGCAGUGGUCUCCACCACCGAGCUCACCCCUCUUUGAUGAGCAUCAGCAACAACAGCACCAACAAGGCUCCCGGUCUUCUCCCAGCAUAACCACAUUGUCAUCGCCCAGCUCACAACAGCGGCCCGCAUUGUCGUCCCCUCGACCUUCCUCGGGACGACCCUCCAGCGGUAGUACACCAGGAGCAGGCGGCUCCAGUGUCCUCGCAGGUAGUGGUGCUGGUGGCCCAUCUGGCUCCUACUUCUCCAACCUGCCACCAUCGGCUUCAAGCAGAAACCUUGCCGCCGCUUCAUCGCCCAGCGCUACCUCACGGACACCUUCCCCAAGACCAAGUACCUACGCUGCAGCUGCAUCUUCACCCCCCAUUCCUCAGCAGCAGAGAAAUCCCCCUCAGCCUGUCCCGAGCCCUUCUGCCCACCCCCACUAUCACCAUCACCACCAGCAUCAGCAGCAUCCCAAUUUCUCUCCUCAGCCUAGACCCUAUCAAGGUCAACAGCAGUACUUUGCUCAGCAUGAGCAGCAGCAGCAUCAACAACAACGAACACCCAGCACAGACUCUCACGAGUCGUCUUCAAGUCGUCGAGACCAAUCUGCUCCAGUCGGUGCUACGGAGAACGGUUCUCGCAUUGCAGCACCAGCGUCUCGAUCGGAGAGCACUCGAUCCACUUCCUCUGGCCUUGGGACAGGACCAAAUGGCUCAGAUAGCUCUCUACCUCACUCUCGGCAAGAUUCCACUUCGUCGCAGAACUCGUCAGUCUACUCCAGCGCAGCUGUCAGCGACAAGGCUUCUACCGUAGGUGGUCGAUCGACACCAACUCCGGCAUCGGCAUACAAGAAGCCAUCGCCGCUGUCCAGACAGCCCGUGCCUGAACGUGAGGAUGACAACGAGACAAACGCCAGCUACGGAGGUAGUGAUCGCGACGAGAGCCUGAUCAAUGGCCGCGCUACUCCUACACCUACCACCGAGAAGAAAAAGGGCUUCAGUGGCAAGCUACGCAAGGCUCUGAGUCUCAGUGCUGUCAAUGAGCUGCAGCAGCAGCAAGCCAACAACGCCUCUGUCGGCUCGCGUCCUUCUGCUGCGCCCAGCGGCCGAGAGAUGCCCACGUCCAUGUCCAGCGCACGAAUGGUCAGUGGCCCUUCGACGUCAUCCACUAUCGCCAGACCACCGUCGCCCACUCGCUCCGAAUUCGGUGCUGCCGCCUCGUCUGCAGCAUCAAUCAGCUCUCGACGUGGACCAAGGCCACCGGUGUCCAACUCUGCUGGAGCUGCUACCUCGACCGAUGGCAGUGGCAAGCGAAGCCUCUUCAACCGCAAGUUCAACUCCUCGACGGACAACAUCUCCAUCUCGUCGACGGUGUCCAGCGCUUCCGUCAUGCUUCGCAAGGUCGGGAAUCUUGGAAAGAUGGCUCGUCGACACAGCCUCAUGGGCCUGACGAACAUGUUCAACAAGGACAAGGAGGGCGGACGAGAUGGUCUGCAAACUGACGAUUUUGGUACCCUCACACCGUCAGCUUCUGCUGCUACCAUCUCUGCGAACCCCAAGGCCUCUGCAGGAAUGAGCAGGAGUGCCAGUGGUAACGGCAAGUCCGAUCCGGCGGCCGCUUCGGUCUCGCACGCUACAGUCGAGCUGGACCCUAAUGUCGGCGAUGGCAGCAUGACGCCUGCUGCGCACUACGUACGACAGCAUCAGAUCCAGAUGCGACAGCAAGCCGAGGCUGAAGAAAAAGCCGCACGCGAAAGGCAGGAAGCCGAGGCUCGCGCUGCCGAAGCUGCUGCUGCCGCAAAGAGCAGGACUGUUCUCGGUGCCACACAGGGCAAGACCACGGACGAUGUGGUCGAGAGUAGGCAGAAGAUGAUCGAAAAGGAGAAGGAGAGGCUGAAGAGCAAGAGGACAUGGAGGAACCGGCUGAGGGUCGGUGGCUCAUCUGUGGAUCUUCAUGCCAGCGCAGCUCCUACUGGGCUCGAGACCAUUCCUGCUACGGAGCCAAAGGCAGGUACUGGUUCCGAUGCUAUCGCCGCACCGCCUCAAGACGUCUAUCCUACCAGCAUAUCGGCGCCCAGCAUGAGUUCUCACUUCCCACAGGACUCCAUCAGCCGAGGGGUAGGGGCCGAAAGCGCCUAUCUCGACAACGAUCAGGACCUGCUGCCUCCCCACAUGCCAGCUGCUGGCAGUGGUCACGGAGGGGAAGAAUCUGGCGACGAAUUCGAGACGGACAGUCUACGUCAUUGGGGCGAGGGCAUCGAGCGAUCGAGAGCGAGUGCAGCACUGGUCAAAGCUCCCAAGGGUAUCUUGAAGAAGAGUGCCUCUUCUUCACAGCUAAGCCGCUUUGCUGGGAAUGGAAGCGGUGGCGAUGGACCUGUGUCUGGCGCAUUCGAUCGACCCUGGACUCGUGUACGGGCAAGCUCGUACGAUGCACCCCAGGCUGCGCCAGCGCCGGGUGCUCCCAUGCUCUCUGCUCUGUCCACUACUUCGGAAGGCGUUGACCGCAUGGAUGGCGUUGCUCGCUCGCCUUCGCCGAAUGCAGAGGCUCAACGUCGCCCAGCGAGCAGCGGCGAAGAUGAUCGUCCAGCUCACUCGCCUCAACCUCCUAGUGUUCCAGCAUUCGGUCACCAUUCCAAUUCCUCGAUGCCAACAUUGACAAUGAUGACGAACCCCACCACGGGGGCGCUUCCCGCGCCCAGCCACCGUCCUUCGAUGCAGAAGAAGAGGAUCUGCUUUACCGAGGAACACAUCUACCACUCUACCUGGCCUGCCCAUGUUUAUGACCGGCGGGGAGAGCUGGCGACGUGCAAUAGACUGACGCCACUGCUGGCGCAGAGGAUCAAGGAGGAGCUGAACUCUUUCAAGAUGGAGGAGAUGGAGGUGGCGCCUAGCAGUCGCAUCUACACUCACUUCUUCGUGUAGGUCGAAAGGAGAUGUCAAGUAGGGCAAGCAAGCAGGCAGCAAGAUCGAUAGACGAGCAGACGGCCA